AUCUUAUUUUAUCAACAUUGAAGCCCAGCACGUGGCUAUCAGAGCCCGAACAUACCUCUUGUUGUAAAUAUGAUCUUUUUUGUUAUGUAAUAAUAUCAGUUACCUAUAUGUAAAACUCAAGAGAACAAUAGAACUCAUUUGCGUAACAACAGACAAGACAGGAACUGCAGAACACAAAACAUCUGCUGCACAGUAAGUUGUGUUAAAUGUAAAUGUGCCUACACCAAGACUUAUCAAUAUGAUAGUAAACGUUCUUGACUAGCAACAUAGACAUGGUUGCCGCAGAUACAUGUAUCAGUUUGCAAAAUUCCCUCACCUUUCCCUUUCAAGAAUGUAAUUUCCCUGACCUAAUAAAUACAAAAUGUCAGAUGUAGGAGCAGCUUCUAUCCUCCCCUUAGCAUUCCUUUCCACCCACUCUUUAAGGCUGAUAAGCAUUCCAAAAGUUUUCCAUCAUCAUCAAGGAAAAACAUCAUUGAGAUCAAUGACCCCAAAUGCUUCCUCCAGCCUUCAGUGGUAUCAGGUAAGGCAUGUUUAAGUAUUCCAAUUUCCCCAACUUUUCUUCAAAACGUCAAUUUUUCCUGACUCAAAAUAAAUUCCCUGCCUUUUCCUACCAUAAAGUAUUUUCCACUGACCAUUUCCUUGACAUGGGGCAACCUUGAUAGAGUGCAAGCCAACCAUGAAAUACCACCUGUCUAAAACUUUUUGAAACUCUACAAGUCUUUCUCAAUCUAACUAGCUAACCAGGUUUAAAAAUUUCCAUGUAAUCACAUUCACUGACCAGACCAGCUCACCAAACCAGCAAAGAGUAUAGGUUUUCAGUUUCAGGAGAGAGAAUUUGUUAUUUCAUUCAAAUUUCUUGGAGGGAUCAUUUCCUUUACCCUAAAGACUUUCCUAAUGAUUUUUGUGGAGUGUCAAUGGUUGUAUCUUAAGAUAUUCACUUUAAAUAAAGUUGCUCAAAGUGCAGCCCCUCUAGUAUUAUUUUUUAGGUUGCAAAAUACAUAUAAUUUAGUUACUCUUAGGCCACCGCCUAACAGCUAAUGACAAAGGGAUAGGUGAAGAGGAAGAAGAGGACAAACUCCCACUACAAGACAUCAGCAGACACAUUCCCAACUUAUUAAUAGCCGAAAAGGAAAUGAUGAUCAUCCUGUACGCUUUGAAGGAGAAGAUCGUGUACGAGAUUUCCUGGAGUGGUUAGACACCCUCACUGAAGAAGACACUCAUCCACUGACUGUUGUGGCCCAUAAUCCCAAAGGUGCAAUGGUUAUUGUGUGAUCAAGGAGUAUCACCGGCAACACAACAUCAUCGAACAGAUCUGUAACAGUGCCUUGUUAUUGCAAGUAACCUUUUAUCACAUCCGUUCAAUGUAUUCUCUAUAUUUCUUUCAAAUGCCUCUCUCCACUUUCUCCAAGAUGCUUGCUCUCAACGCUCUAAACGACAAACCAAGAUUGAAAAUUUCCUUGUAUUCACGUUCAAGACCCAGACCGGCUCACCAAACCAUCAAGAGUACAGUAAUGUCAGAACACUCGGUACGGGUUUUCAGUUUCAGGAAAGAGAAUUUGCGAUUUCAUUCAAAUUUCUUUGAGGGAUCAUUUCCUUUACCCUCAUGACCUUCCUAAUGAUUUCUGUUGAAUGUCAAUGAUAUAUUGAUUAUAUCUAAAGAUGUUCACUUCAAACAAAGUUACUCAAUGUGCAGCCCCUCUACGUGUAUUAAUUAUUUUUUAAGUUACAAAACCAUACGUAUAAUUUACUUACUCGUAGGCCACCUUAAGAGCCAAUGACAAGGGGAAAGGUGAAGAGGAGGAAGAGAACAAACCCCCACUGCAUGUAUUCUUUGAUAUCGAAGCCAACCGAGACACUGGGAGACUCAUUCCCAAGAGCUUACCUUGCAUUUCGAGUAUCAACAGUAGCUGCACUGCUGCUCACUCGUCGGUGUAUCGAAUGGCAGACGUGAAGAUCCGUGACUGUGGAGAAGUUUAGAAGAAGAGGGUCAGAGAAAAAAACCUGGUAAAACACCCCAAAGAAAAGUUAGCUUUAACCCUAUAAAUUACCCAUCAUGAAUAAGUUUGAGCCAAAGAACUUUCACAUUAAUUAACUUAUACUCCCGCCUCUCCUCGCGUCCCAACCCAUUCCUCUUCCCACAAUGCACUUCGCUCGACGAUGCAAGUAUGUGGUGUAACGACAACAAAGAAUAAUCACAAUUUGCGUAUCGGCCUCCCAUUAUGGCUCCUGGCGCUAUAUAAGUUUUCAACAGGGCCAGUUGCCGAGAUCCCUGUCUUUCCAGUUGCGACCGAUCGAUGGCGAGAUCUCGGCUGGGCUGGAUGGAAAUAGAAUUUACGAGGCGUCGUGUUUUGUUUUCUUUCUUGAAUUUUCUAGUCCACAAAAUCGUGUCGCGUGUUCUUUUUUGUUUGUUUGUUGUUGUUGUUGUUGUUGUUGUUGUUUUUGCUGCUGCUGUUGCUGUUGUUGCUCUUGAUUCAUCUCUCAUAUAAACCUAACACUAAAUUUUCAGGUCACGGUUGCUCAUAAGGAGAGGCCUUCCUUUACGAAUAAUCUGGGAACUAUGAAUUAACACGUUCGUGAAAUUAAUAAGAAAAUUAAAGAAUGAAAGUUAACGCUUCCCUUUUAACGACUGCUGAUUUUAUGUAAUAGGGUCUACUAGGUAUUUCAACUGAAUUAAAAACCUCUGAACAUUUUCCUGUAUACAAAAAGCUUAGUAAGCAUGUUCUUAUCAGUGGCCUACGCCCACUAGUCCAUAAAAAUCUCCAUGUUCAUCGUCUUGAAAUGUCAUGAGGGCAACAUCGUGAUCAUUUGCAUAAUGACUAUAUCUUUCAGUAAAAGAGUUUGAGUGCUUGUCCUGAAGAUGAUUACUUGGUAUACAGUCUACUGUGGAUUAUCAUAAAAUUAAUCAACACAACACGAAACACAAUGACCACAGGAAAAAAAGGGAAAGUAAACCUUACAAAGAUCUUGAUUAUUUCUAUUCAGUGAGAGAGGAGCAAGUAAAUAAACCUAAGAUAAAAUUAAUUGAUGUUAUUUCGUCACACAUCGUUUAUAGUAGUUUUUAGCAAAACAUCCUUCAGUUCUCACGCUGAUUUACACACACUUUAAAUUAUCUUGCCCAUCAGUUUCCUGUUUCUAUAGUUUUUAGAUAAAAGUUUAUUUAUAUUUUCGAAAUAGAAAGUCAAUUUUAACAUUAUUUGCAUAUAUAUGAGUUUUGAUGACAUUUUACAGCUCAUUGUGUGUUCUGUGGUAUUUGCAUUCUGUGGCACCUGCAAGUCGCUAAGUUCAUUACAACCUUCCUAAAAAGAGUGUCAGUCUGCGUAACUAUAAAAGGGCAACUAGCUUUUUACAAGAGAGCCAGACGAAGCUCAGAGAACCGAGUUUUGCUUCGUUUUAGUUGUGGAGCACAGCUUUUAGAGUACAAAAAAGGAGUAGUUUAAUUGUCAACAAACUUGUGUGCUUAAUCUGAUAGAUUUGUGAUAAAUGCACCUUGCUUUCUAAUCAACUGAGAGAAGUCGAAGAAACAGAUUCGUUCUAUUUCCAUCACGAAUUUUACUUUUUUCAACCGAGAUACUGACUUCUUCUUCAGCAAUAAGAGAUUGUCAGAUGGCAGCUCUGUUCGGUGAUAAAUAUUUCUGGAACGCUUCGGCUAAAAUUGUUAUGGACGAGUUCACAAGAUAUUUAACAGAGGAAACCCACGGACAGGCGACAAUUUUUGGUAUCUUUUACGUCCUCUUAUCAAUGAUCACAGUGGUGGGAAACGCGCUGGUGAUCGCCGCUGUCUGGAAAGACCCGUUAAAGAUACUGAAAACAUCACCCACCAACUUGAUUCUCCUCUCGCUAGCAAUUGCCGAUUUAAAUGUUGGACUGUUUGUUAUCCCAGGAGCAGCUUCUUGGUAUCUUCGUGUUGGAAUUACGGAAACAGACCCAUGGCAUUCCCAAUUAAUUUUUUUAACACUCAGGCAGGGUUUUCUAACAGUAUCUGUUGGCCACGUACUGUUCCUGACUGUGGACAGGUAUUUCGCUUUGGCAACGCCCUUAAAAUAUCGAACAAAAAUUACCAGAAGAACGGUUGUGGUGGUCUCGUCUUCGAUAUGGAUUUGUGGCAUUUCUCAAGCAGUGGUGAUAAGCAUUCUACAGCAACAUUUCGUCAUCACAUGGUUAAUCUCUAUCGUGGUGAUAUUUUUGUUUGCAGAAACCAUUUAUGUUUUAUAUCUUAUGAUAUUACGACACCUAAUGAAACAUUCUAAAGAAAGGAUCCCGCUGGAAAAUUCUCAGUCAAAUGUAGCGUCGUUGCAUCAGCGGGAAAGGAAAGUGUUUAGAGUAAUUGUUUCAGUAGUUUUUGCAUUUGACUGCUGUUUUACCCCUUGGAUGGCAACCCAAGCUUUGAUAUAUUUUUGCAAACCUUGCCACAGUCAUUAUAACGUGCUGAUGGUUUGUUAUAAUGUAGCGACUGUGCUUAUGUUCGCGAAUUCUGCUCUUAACCCACUCGUGUACUCCUGGAGGUUUUCAAAAUUUCGAGCGACAUUCAAGCAUUUUGGGGGAAAGUUUACCCAGAAAGGAAGAAGAAAUAAGACAGCCAGGAUCACUGUAAGAAGUGAGUCAUUGAACACACCACUUUGAGAACAAUUUUGUAGUUUAAGAUUGUACAAAAACGAAUUAAUAUAAUUUGAAAUAUAUGCUAAAUAUACUUUCUAGUUAUCUGUACGAAUAUAACGCUGACAGGUGAUUCUAGAGUUCAUGCGAUAUUAUAAUUUGCACAAUCGUGACUUUGU